GGAGACACCAACAAAUGGAACACAAAUUAACUUAAGCCUAUACGAGGCUGGUGACAUCUGAAAGAGGGCACAAGAGGUUGUAAACGUAAAGAGUGAAUAUGGGUGAAAAGAAGCCAGAACCUUUGGACUUUGUAAAAGAUUUUCAGGAAUAUCUUACACAGCAGACUCACCAUGUAAAUAUGAUUUCUGGAUCGGUUAGUGGAGACAAAGAAGCAGAGACUCUUCAGGGAGCUGGGACAGAAGGUGAUCAGAAUGGUCUGGAUCAUCCUUCUGUUGAAGUUUCACUGGAUGAAAACUCAGGAAUGUUAGUGGAUGGGUUUGAAAGGACAUUUGAUGGAAAGUUAAAGUGUCGAUACUGCAACUAUGCCAGCAAAGGAACAGCACGGCUCAUAGAACAUAUCAGAAUUCAUACAGGUGAGAAGCCGCACAGAUGCCAUUUGUGUCCCUUUGCAUCCGCUUACGAACGUCAUCUGGAAGCUCACAUGCGAUCGCAUACUGGUGAAAAACCAUACAAAUGUGAAUUGUGUUCCUUUCGCUGCAGUGACAGAAGCAACUUAUCUCACCACCGCAGGCGCAAACAUAAAAUGGUGCCUAUCAAGGGUACAAGGUCUUCCCUAAGCAGCAAGAAAAUGUGGGGGGUUUUGCAGAAGAAGACCAGCAAUUUGGGGUACAGCAGAAGAGCAUUAAUUAAUUUGAGUCCACCUUCCAUGGUGGUUCAGAAACCAGACUACCUUAAUGAUUUCACUCAUGAAAUCCCAAAUAUCCAGACUGAAGCAUAUGAGAGCAUGACAAAAACAACCCAGAGUAGUGGGUUGCCACGAGAUCCACAGGACCUUAUGGUAGAUAAUCCUUUAAACCAGCUCUCUACGUUAGCUGGACAGUUAUCUAGCUUGCCACCUGAAAACCAAAAUCCAGCCUCUCCUGACGUCGUUUCCUGCCAAGAUGAAAAGCCUUUCAUGAUACAGCAGCCUGCUGCACCUGCAGUAGUUUCAGCUGUGUCAGCAAAUAUCCCUCAAAGUUCAUCUCCAACCAGCCCAGAUCCGCGGCCUACACACAAUCAAAGGAACUAUAGUCCCGUGGCAGGUCCCAGCAGUGAUCGCAGUGCCCACACCAGUACUCCCAGCAUAAGUAACAGUCAACCAAGCACUCCGGCUCCCACCCUUCCGGUUCAGGACCCUCAGCUUCUGCAUCACUGCCAACACUGUGACAUGUACUUUGCGGACAAUAUCCUUUAUACGAUUCACAUGGGAUGUCAUGGAUUUGAAAAUCCUUUCCAGUGCAACAUAUGUGGGUGUAAGUGUAAAAAUAAGUAUGACUUUGCUUGCCAUUUUGCAAGAGGCCAACAUAGUCAACAUUGACUGAGAACACGCUUUCGUUUAGUUUUUUAACAUAUUACAGUAUAUUUUUCAUACUUGCUGAAGGAAAGCCUGCACAUUCCCAUAAGGAAUAUUCAUAUGAAUCAAUUCGACAAAGGAGGCAAAUUUAUUUGUAUGUUGUCGUAAAACUUGCCAGGGAAAUUUUGUAUAAGAUGUGGUGGUUAUUUUAUAUGUAGCCUUUCAAAAAAGCUGAGAGAGUGCUGUAAGAGAUGGAAUGCAUUUACAUGCUUUCGUUGCAAAAUUUAAGUUGCACUUAAUCCCAAUAAACAUUCUACAAAUG